AGACCAACAUGAUGCACAUCAGAAAGUGGUGGUUGGUGCGCUGUACUGAUGGACAAUUUCCACACAGAACCAGCACUGACUGACCAGCCCUCUCGUAAGAGGAAGAGGAGCAACACAGAUAACGCAGACGCCUCUCUGCGCCACUGGCUGCUCUGAGUUCAUAUGGCACAGUUCCUCCGCGGCAUGGAUACGUGAUUUUCACCGGUGGUGACGACAACAUGAUGGACUCAUGACACAGACUUUACGCAGAGCUGCGCUACUGACUGUACCAAGGAUUUCAACACUUUCCCCGUAAACUGACUGAUUUUUCAACUUUGAAGACAGGAUGACUUUAUUUUUGCUUUUCGUUUUAUUAAGUAUUCAAUCCAGUCGGUCGGUGGUCACAGGACAAGGGAACAUUUAUACAAACCACUGGGCAGUGCGGAUUACAGGUGGUCCGGAACAGGCUGACAGAAUCGCAGCAAAGUAUGGAUAUUUAAACCUGGGUCAGAUAGGAAGCCUGGAGGAUCAUUACCAUUUCCACCACAGCAGAGUGGUCCGCAGAGCUGCAAACGCUUUGAAAGGCCCCCAUAGCUUCAUCCAUAUGGAUCCUCAGGUGGAGUGGGCCCAGCAGCAACUGGUAAAGCCAAGAGUAAAGAGGUACACCCAAAGUGACCCAAACUUCAUUCACUUCAAUGACCCAAAAUGGUCCAACAUGUGGUACAUUCACUGCAAUGAUAAGAGCAGCCGCUGCCGCUCAGAGAUGAACAUUCUGGCAGCCUGGCAGAGGGGCUACACUGGCAAAAAUGUGGUGGUCACCAUAUUAGAUGAUGGCAUCGAGAGGAACCAUCCUGAUCUCGCUCAGAACUACGACCACCUGGCAAGCUAUGACGUCAACGGGAAUGACCAUGACCCCACACCACGUUAUGACUCUCGCAAUGAAAACAUACAUGGCACUCGGUGUGCAGGUGAAGUUGCAGCUGUGGCCAAUAACUCCCAUUGCAUGGUUGGGAUUGCCUACAACGCUCACAUUGGAGGUAUUCGUAUGCUGGAUGGUGAUGUGACUGAUAUAGUAGAGGCCAAGUCCUUGGGAAUCAGACCUGACUACAUCGACAUCUACAGUGCCAGCUGGGGGCCAAAGGAUGAUGGCAAGACAGUGGAUGGCCCGGGGCCACUAACCAAACAGGCUUUUGAGCAAGGCAUCAAGAAGGGUCGCAAAGGCCUGGGGUCCAUUUUUGUCUGGGCAUCAGGUAACGGUGGUCGGCAGGGUGAUCACUGUUCAUGUGAUGGUUACACCAGCAGUAUCUACACCAUCUCCAUCUCCAGCACCACAGAGAACGGAAAUAAGCCCUGGUACCUGGAGGUCUGCAGUUCCAUCAUGGCCACAACCUACAGCAGUGGAGAGUUUAACGAGAGGAAGAUUGUAACCACUGACCUCCGGCAUCGCUGCACUGAUAGUCAUACUGGCACCUCUGUCUCUGCUCCCAUCGUGGCGGGGAUCAUAGCUCUUGCUCUGGAGGCCAACCUUUUGCUCACAUGGAGGGAUGUGCAACAUCUUCUUGUGAAGACAUCCAGACCGGUCCACCUGAGAGCUGAUGACUGGAAGACCAAUGCUGCUGGACACAGAGUCAGCCAUCUGUAUGGCUUUGGCCUGGUGGAUGCAGAGGCCAUGGUGCUGGAGGCUACCAAGUGGAGGACUGUUCCUCCUCAGCACACCUGCGUUCAGAUACCUGAGCGACGCACAAGUUACAUCCAUGCUGGCCAAAGCCUGAACAGCAGCAUUACCACCUCUGGGUGUUCAGAACAAGCUGAGCAGCACGUGGAUUUCCUGGAACACGUGGUGGUCAAAGUCCUUAUUAUCCACCCGCGACGAGGAGACCUUGAGAUCAACCUCAUCUCUCCGUCUGGGACAAGAUCACAGCUACUGGCCAAGAGGUUGUUUGACAGUUCCAAUGGGGGCUUCAGGAACUGGGAGUUCAUGACAGUUCAUUUCUGGGGUGAGAAGGCAAAGGGCACAUGGACUCUGGAGAUUAUUGACUCACCGUCAAAGCUACGCAACCCUGAGGUGCUGGGCAACCUAAGAGAAUGGACACUGAUCCUUUAUGGCACAUCUGAGCACCCUUACCAGCCUUACAGGGGACAGCACUCCCGCUCAAGGAUGUUGGAGAUUGUAAAUCCAGAGGAGAUCCUGGAGGAGCCAGAGCUCCAGGAGGAGGAGGAGGAGGAAGACGAAUACAAUGGACCAUGCCACAGUGAGUGUGGAGACCAGGGCUGUGAUGGACCAGAUUCUGACCACUGCCUCAACUGUAUCCACUUCAGCUUGGGCAACUUGAAAAGUGGCAGAACCUGUGUGAGCCACUGUCCACUGGGACACUAUGAGGACACAGCGUCUCGUCGCUGUAGACGCUGCAGCAAAGGCUGUGAAAGAUGUGAUGGCCCAUCAGCCAGCAAUUGUCUCUCGUGUCGCAGAGGCCUUUACCUCAACACACUCAACUCCAGCUGCAUCGACACCUGCCCCUCAGGUUACUUUGCUGAUGAGAGUCAGAGAUUGUGUCUGAAGUGUCAUGAGACAUGUAUGACAUGCCUGAGGUAUGCAGAUAGAUGCACUGCCUGCAGUGAAGGCUACAGUCUGGCGGGGAUGACUUGUGUUCCUGAAUGCACUAAUGGAACCUUUUUCCAUCUGGAGGAGAUGACGUGCAGCCCCUGCCAUUCCUCUUGUAGGACUUGUACAGGACCAGGUAAGGAAGAAUGUAUCCAGUGUGCUGAGGACUACCUGCAGCAGGAGUGGAGGUGUGUGCAGACUUGUAUUCCUGGAUACUACUCUGGAGAGGCAGCAGGAGUCCCCCAUAAGAUGUGUCACAGGUGUGAGGAAAACUGUCUGAUCUGCAGUGGCCCCGGAAUGACUUGCACCAAAUGCAAAGAUGGCUACAGUCUGGUCAGCAGGACCUGUAUUGUUAAUGCAUCCUGUAACAAUGCCGAUGAGGUGUUCUGUGAGAUGGUCAAGUCUAACCGUCUCUGUGAGAAGAAGCUUUACCGUCAGUUCUGCUGCCGUACCUGCCUGAUGAAUGGAUGAGGAGCCAACCGCUAACCAACACCUCCACCUCUGUAAUCAGUGUUGAAGAGAGACAAUAGAAAAGAACAGAAGAGUUAUUUGGUCAAACAUUGUGGUCAACAUUACAAUGAACUAAAAUGGCUCAGUUUAACA